GCUUGAAGUUUCAAGUAGAAGCGCCAUCUUGAGAACGAUAAUUCCUUGUAAUUGUGCUUUCCUGUGGAGUUGAAGUAAAGUUAUUCCAUUAUAAAUUGAUCGAUCGUUUCAACAGUGAUUCAAAAUGGUUUCCUUGAAUCCUGUUAGGAUCUUCAAGAAUGAAGCGGAAGAAGAAAAGGCAGAAAUUGCCAGGCUAAGUUUAUUUGUAGGAGCAAUAGCCAUUGGUGAUUUAGUCAAGUCCACUCUUGGACCAAAAGGUAUGGAUAAGUUAUUGGUGGCUCAUGGUCGGUCCGCGGGACAGGUUCAAGUGACCAAUGAUGGAGCAACUAUUCUGAAAAGCGUUGGUGUGGACAAUCCUGCUGCUAAAAUUUUGGUAGAUAUGUCUCGCGUGCAAGAUGAUGAAGUUGGAGAUGGCACUACUUCUGUAACUGUCCUUGCUGCUGAAUUAUUAAGAGAAGCAGAGAAAUUAAUUGAGCAAAAGAUUCAUCCACAAACUAUAAUUGCUGGUUGGAGGAAAGCAACUGAAGUGGCACGAGAGGCCUUAAGAAAUGCUGCAAUCGAUAACUCUGCAGAUCAGCAGCAGUUCCAGGAGGAUCUAUUAAAUAUCGCAUGUACAACUUUGAGCUCAAAAAUUUUGUCCCAAUAUAAAGAACACUUUAGUAAGCUUGCUGUGGAUGCUGUAUUACGUCUUAAAGGAUCUGGCAAUUUGUCAGCUAUUCAAGUGAUAAAAAAACGUGGAGGAACUUUGAACUCUUCUUUCCUUGAUGAUGGAUUUUUGCUGGACAAGAAACCUGGUGUAAAUCAGCCGGAAGUAAUGCGCGAUGCUCGCAUACUCAUAGCUAACACUCCUAUGGAUACAGAUAAAAUUAAAGUAUUUGGAUCUAGAGUUCGAGUUGAUUCAAUGGCGAAAAUUGCAGAAUUAGAAGCAGCUGAAAAAGAGAAGAUGAAGGAUAAAGUUGAAAAGAUCAUAAAACACGGCUGCAACGUUUUUAUCAACAGACAGUUAAUUUAUAAUUAUCCAGAACAAUUGUUUGCUGAUGCUAAUAUUAUGGCCAUCGAGCAUGCCGAUUUCGAUGGUAUCGAAAGACUUGCUCUUGUCACUGGUGGAGACAUAGUUAGCACUUUCGACGACCCUAGCUCUGUAAAACUUGGCAAAUGUGAUCUCAUCAAAUCGGUAAUGAUAGGCGAAGACAAGCUGUUGAAAUUCUGUGGAGUUCCUUUAGGAGAAGCUUGCACAAUAGUAAUCAGAGGAGCCACGCAACAAAUCCUUGACGAAGCAGAAAGAUCUUUGCAUGAUGCUCUUUGCGUAUUGGCAGCUACAGUACGCGAAUCUAAAAUUGUUUAUGGUGGUGGCUGCAGUGAGAUGAUAAUGGCUUGUGCUGUCAUGCGUGCAGCGGCAGCUACUCCUGGGAAAGAAGCAGUAGCGAUGGAAUCUUUUGCUCGAGCUCUGCAGCAAUUACCUAUCGUUAUUGCUGAUAAUGCUGGUUACGAUUCAGCUCAGCUCAUCAGUGAACUACGAGCUGCACACAAUUCGGGCGCGAAUACAAUGGGUCUUGAUAUGGAGGAAGGAAAAGUGGGAUGCAUGAAAGAAUUGCGUAUAACAGAGUCCUGGGUUGUAAAGAGGCAAGUUUUAGUUAGCGCGGCAGAAGCAGCAGAAAUGAUUUUACGCGUGGAUAAUAUCCUGCGAGCGGCUCCCAGGAAGCGCGUGAAGGAUCGUGGACGUUGUUAAUUACGACCAUUACGGCUCUUUCAUUGCUUUACUUUUGUUUGCACUGCUUUCUUCGUAAUACAAAUUAAUUAGAUUAUCAACAACUUUGCUUCGAGAAUCAACGGUUUUGUUAAUAAAUAUAAAUAUUAAUUGGUAUCAAUACAUACUGUCAUUUUGUACUACAAAUCUUACAUCAACUGAAAGGGAAGUAUGGAAGGAAUUUGUAAAACAAUCGGAACAACUUGUGAUCAUUUUUUUAUAACAAUACAAUAGGUUUAACAUCAAUAAAUGCUUUUAACCUGUA